AUGGCACACAAGAAAGGAGUCGGUAGCUCCAAGAACGGUCGGGAAUCCGAAAGCAAACGCUUGGGCGUAAAACUUUUCGGAGGACAGGUUGCCAAAGCGGGCAAUAUUCUGGUUCGCCAGCGCGGCACCGUACACAAUCCGGGUGAAAACGUAGGCAUUGGCAAAGACCAUACGCUUUAUGCCCUCGUUGACGGAGUGGUUUCUUUCCGCAAGAAAGAAAAAGACAGAUCUUACGUUUCGGUGACUCCGCUGUCGUAG